AUGUCUUCAAAAGGUUCUACUACUUAUCAGCUUCGUGCUAUCAUGCGUAAGGCAGGAAACGAAGAAAUGAAUAUUGAUGAGAUUUUGGAUGAAUCGACUGCGUCUGUCAUAAGAAAUAUUAGCAACUCUUCUCAACUACCUGUGGAAUAUUUACUUACCUUGUUACUUCCUGCAGUUGGUCAUUCUAUGAACGGAUCGCAAGUUAUUAGUAACACUGGUCAAACGACCAAUGUCGCAUUUUACACGAUUAUAAUUGGAUAUCCUGGCGCUAACAAAUCAUCUGGAAUAGAAAAAAUAAAAGAAGCUUCUCUCAUUAUUGAGCAAUUUGAAGGUAUCGAUGACGAUCGCUCGAGAAUAAAUAACAGUGCCACUGUUGAGUCGCUCUUGUCAGAGUUAAAGAAUACUCAUUCACGACUAUUUCAGUUAUGGGAUGAAGCAUUAACUCUGUUACAAUCAUUCGGUAUGUAUAAGAGCGGAGGAGCAGCAUACGACAGAUCGAUUAUGUGCUCCCUAUAUAAUACAUCAUCAACCGUUCGCCGACAGACAAAAGGCACGAGUAUGACUAUUCAGAGUCCUGUACUUAAUAUCACAGCAGCAGCUCAUCCUGUUGACAUUUUUGAUUCGAUGAAAGUCGAUGGUGAGGCUGACGGUCUUAUGUCACGCUUUCUUUUCGCUGCACCGACACCAAAAAUUCUUCACUCUUUUGAGAUUGAUCAACCAGAUCCUGAUCAACCGAGUAUAUUACAUACUCUUUUCAUAAUCCAUUGUUUUAAUAAUGAGGAAAUAGGAAACGAUGAGGACUCGAGAGUGAUGUAUUCUUUUUCACCAGAAGCUUUAAAAGUAUUGAAUACGGCUUGGAACUCAUAUACUGACAUUAUUAAAGUUUCUUACGAGUAUGAUAGUUUUAUUGCGUCUAUCUACUCGAAAGCUCGAGUUCAAAUCAUUCGAAUAGCUGGAGCUCUACAUGCUAUGUCAUUAGCAGGAGCUGUUUUUGAUUGUUUAUCGUCAAUAAACAAGGUGCCUAACUAUUUUGAUAAGUCAAAACAAACAUUAAGUUUACUAAGAGACGCCGUUGCCGAAUUCAAAAAAAGAUACAAGUGGCAAAUCAUAUCUGAAAAGACCACUUUAGGCUCUGUUUCGAUGAUGAACUAUUAUCUAAAACAAAAGAAAAUAUAUGCAAAUCGUAAAGUGAACGAAACAGCGGAAGAGAUGUUGGAACGGUUCCAGAAAGAAGAAAAAAUUGAAGCUAGUCUUCAACUUGAAAAAGAAGAAAAAAUAGAAGCGAGAAAAAGUAAUCGCGAGAAUAAACUUGUCGAGACGGUGGCAUCUCGAUGUGCAGAACGAAUAAUACUUCUGACGCCGGGUAUUAAGGUGCCGUGGGUUGUUAUCAGUCGUAAUCAUGGAGGAUUCAAAGUAAAUGACCUCCAUGAUGCUGCAAGAAAACUUGACACAGCAAAGAUAGGUAAACUCGUCAAAGAAAAGAAACCGACUGCUAAAAGAGCGACCACUUAUUUCAUCAAGACAGUUAUUGAUGAAAAUUGGGAUAUUGAAACGUUAAACACGUUUACCAACAAAUUGUCUCAGUAUUCUAUAAAACUAAAAGAAUAUAUUGAUUCGUGCGUUCAUAAAGAUUUCCAGGAGGUUUUUGAAGAUCUCGAGGAUAAAACUGAUAAAGUGUGUAGAGCCAGUGAUGUUGCUCCACUUAUAGAUAGUUCGCAAACAGUCAAUAUAUCGACUAAUGUCGCAUCUAAAGAGGACACGGCAAUGUCCUUUCGCCGUGUCGAUUUUCAAAUCGCGGGUGGUGGGUUCCUACUUCAAAAACCAUCAGAUCCUAAACCCACCAUCCAAACAACAACAGAUACACAACGAGUAACAACUGAUUGUAAUUCUUCUGUUUCAACUGACGAGUCACCACAGCUCUGUCAACAAUCACAAGAUCUCCAGGAAAAAAAUCAUGACCAACUGAACCAACGACAACAACAUCUGUCAAAUACAUUUUCGUCUCCUUCUGCUUCUCCAGUUAUUAAUGACUUAAGACAAAUCACACCUACCAAACACACGCCAAAAAGAAUUCGAUUCGACUUAAAUAAUGAUGAACAGAACGUAAACAGGUCACCAGCACCGAUCUUUGCAACAUUGUUGUCGUGA